GAUGAUGAAGGAUUGCUUCUUCUAAUUAUUACUAUCUAGUUCUAUGGCAGCAGUGGUCAACACUCAUUUUGCCUUCUUCAAUUGGAACUUUGGAAGAAAAGGAGGAUCAGGAGACAGCAACCCCCAACAACUGCCCAUCUACCACAAUGUUGAUCAUCUUCCCUUCCCUCCUUCUCUGCUUGAUAAAACCUUCUUAAGAGGUAGAGAGUUGAAAUGUUGUUACAAGGCUACCAUUGAUGGGUUUAGUGCAACUGCAUUCCACAACUGCGCUGAUUUCAAGGGUCCUUGUGUCAUCAUUGGCUAUACAACAUUAACCAACUCUUCUUCUUCUUCUCCAUUCAAAUUUGGAGCAUUCAAUCCUGAAGGCUACAGAAGCACAGAUGACUAUUAUGACACUUUUGAACCAUUUCUCUUCUACUGGCCAACAAAUGAUAACAACAAUAAUAAUAAUAAUAAUACCAUUCCCACCGUUCUUCCUAAAGUUGGGGGAAGCGGUGCAGCCCUAUUCGAUUAUGCACGCGGGGGUCCACAAUUUGGUGCUGACGGAUUGUUGAUCGGUCCACCAUUGGCUCCGGUUAUGGGAGGAUUUGCUGGGCCUGACACUAAUUCGGGCAUUGGUGACUUGAGGCAAGCCAAGUCCAGGCUGGGCUUGUCAUAUGCUAAAAGACCAGAUGGUAAGGACUCAUUGUUUGGAGAUGAGUCUAGGGUUCUUCUUCAAGAUGUUCUUGUCUUUUGCAGCCCUCAAAUUGCAAGCCUAUACUAAAAACAUGUAUAUAUAGAUUAGGUAAUGUUUGUGUUCUUUUGUAUAAUAUUGUUUCUUAUAGAAAAUUUAUGAUGGAACAAGUGAAUUGGUAUAAAUUAUUUUUGUUUUACAU